AUGAGUGUCAUAUCGUCCGACGAGCCUCUCGGCGUGCAGGCUGACAACACCUCGAACCAUUCAAGCCGCACAGCAGAAGACGAGAUCACGAUCACAUCAGUCCGCAGACUUCACAAGAAAGGACCUCCAGUAUCGAACAUAACCAGCAGUGACGACUUUGAGGAACCUCUGAUCGACACUACGGCCAAACUCACCCUACGGUCCAAGAAGACGGAGCGACUCCAGAGAAAGAGUCAGAGAAGAUCAAAGAAAUCAACACUCUCCGAUGCAUCGUCGCCUGGGAGCCACAAUUCAAAACCGACCACCAUCCUCGAUCUGCCUCCCGAACUGCUUUCCCAGAUCAUUCUCAACCUCCUCCCGACCGACCUCCUCAACCUGCAACUCGUCUCGCGCUCCCUGCGAUCCUUCCUGACCCUCCACUCCGCGUCUUUCACCCGCACGCUUCUCUCGACCCGCUACGCCCACCUCUCGCGCUCCUUCUGGCUUCCCUUUCCGCUCUCCGACGAGACCAUCUCGCCUCGCGCCGCCCACAUCCUCCGCCACCCAGCCUACCAAGAGAAACUGAUCAUCCACAAGGCGCCGUACACCCAGCAUAUCCCUCCUCCGGACCCCGCGGAGAUUUGCUCCUGUGUGAGCUGUCUCCUGGCCUGGAACAACCUCUGUAUGAUCCUCGACUAUACCUUUUUCGCCAAGACGAGGCUACAUCGUCGGGAGCCGCUCCCGGUGAUCGGAAGGGGUCAGCGGCCGGAAUGGAACGAGCGAUUGCUGGACACCCACCGGGAAGUCGUGCGACGGGUCGUUCUGGGUCGGAGGUACGGACGCGAAGGAUUGAUGUAUGCGGCGGUUCUGCAGCGGUAUUUGGAGGUUGUGGCGGUGGCGUUGACGAGGAAGGUCAAGGUGAAGCGGAGCGAAGACGCGAAGGUCGAGACCCGGCCUGCGUUGACGCCGUGGAAGGCGUUUGGGAUCACCGAUGAGGAGGUCAGGGGUGGCACGGAUGUGUUUCUGGGGAGGGAGGGUCCGGCGAGUUUCGAGUUCCCCUUCUCGAGGGAUGUCUAUUACUCUCUGGAUGCGUAUGUGCCGGCGAGGAAGUGGUCGAAGGGCGAAGGCCGGUGGAUGUAUCCUGCGCCGGGAACUGUGCAUGCGAAUGAUGUGGCGUGGGUGGAGGCGAGGUUUGGGGAUCUGGUGAAGCAGGAGGAUGCGACGACGUCAGUUGAGGAGAGAUGUCGGGAGGUGUGA